AAGUGUUUGAGUUUCUUCACACUUUUGUUCAAGUAUGGGGUAUCUCGUGUAAUGUUUUUCAUACCUGCUGCAGAGUUUAUCCGAGAGUCUCUCCUUCUAUGUGCAUGAUUUGGAGAAAAGAUAUAAGUUGUCAUGUAUCAGUGUAUUUUCAACUUCUGUAUGUGUAGAUUGUCCAUUUAUUAUCAUCAAGAGCAAACUGAUUGUUCAUGUUUCUUUCUGUCAACUCUGAGGUAAAAUUUAUCACAUUCUCCCAUCUAUUUAGACCUAAAAGAUGGAUCUGUUUAGAUAUAUGCUGGCACACCAUUGAUAUAUCCCUCUUUUUACAAAUACUGUAUCUAAGUUUUCUGGACAGAAUGAAUUUACAUGUGAUAAUGGAAGCUGCAUCCAUCUUGACAUGCGGUGCAAUGGGGUGAACGACUGUCCUGCAGAGGGUGAUGACUCUGAUGAAACCCACUGCGACAAUGUCCACGAUCCUCCUGAAUCUUAUAACAAAGAUAGACCUCCACUGACUAACACACCCUUGGUCAUUUCUGUCAAGAUGGUGCGGGUCCACGAAGUCAGUGUUGAAGAAGGACUUGUGCAGAUUUGGCUCCGGACAAUCACCAAAUGGCAAGACAGCAGACUGAAAUUCACUCACCUCAGUGACAUAGCUAGGGACAACAUCAUUCGGAACCCUGACAGAAUCUGGCUACCGAAGUACUCGCUCCCUAAUGCUCUUUUCAAAGAUGAUGAAAACUAUCGAAAUAAUCUGAAUCUGAGAUCCACUGUGUUCAUCCAUCGUCUGGGAAGUGGCGAGUUCGACAUCCACAACGGAUAUGAGGUCUAUGAAUACAAUGGGGGCAAAGAUGUUGAACUAGAGAAGGAUGAUGACUUCCUAGUCAGUUACCUCUGUGAUUUUGAACUGGACUACUUUCCCUUUGACUGCCACGUGUGCUACAUUGAAAUAGUCAUCGUUAAUCAUGGUUCCUUCACUUCCCAUUUUGACAUGGCUGUAAGUUUUCUGCUUUUAAAGAAAGUUAUUUUAACAUCAGAUUAA